GUAUAGUGUAAAGUGUGAAUAACCCCUCCUACAUAAAAGUUCCUCUAACUGACUUGUCUUGUCAGUCACCAUACCAUUUCUGCAUUUUGCUUUCAACGUCUCCCUCCUUCAUAGCUUCAUUAGUAGAAAUAGUUUUCAUAGUUUAAUUUGUACAACUCAGAGAAUAAGUCAUACUUUUAGUAUUUUUCAUGGGAGUAACACAAUGGACUGGAUAAUAUCUACCACAUUAUUCUUGUCAGUCUUAAAAGCUGCACUUUGUUUCAAUAUUGAUCCUGUGGCUUGGAAGUCCCUGAGUAACUCUGCUGCAGGUUUUGGAUACCAGGUGGUACAAAGACAAUCAGAUUUGCUGGUCAGUGCCCCCCUUGCACAAUAUUCAGAGAGUCAGAGAGGGAAAAUAUUUAAGUGCUCCACCGAAUCCUGCAGGGAAGUAUCAGUACGAGUGCCAGAAUUUGCAGUCAACAUGUCCCUUGGUUUGACAAUGACAAGUGAUCCCACCACAAAAAACACUCUGGCAUGUGGUCCGACCAUCCCAAAGGACUGCAAAAGUAUCACGCUGUAUAGUGGUGUGUGCUUGCAGUUAUCCAGUUAUGAUCAUGUUGAAUACUCUGUGCCUUCUUCUUCUGAAGAGUGUCGAACCCAAGCAGAAAUUGCAUUUCUGUUGGAUGGCUCAGGUAGCGUACAUUCACAGGAUUUUGAUAGAAUGAAGACUUUUGUGAAAAAUCUGGUCAGAUCAUUCCAGGGACAGGAUACAAAGUUUGCCAUUGCCCAGUUCUCCACAAAUCCCACCAUCCAUUACUACUUUGACACUUUUGAUACUAAUAACUGGAAUUCUCAAAUUGAUGGAAUAACACAGAGACGUGGAACCACUUACACAGCUAAAGCCAUCAAACACGUUGUCAACUAUGUCUUCUCGGCAAGCAGAGGCUCCAGGUCAGAUGUGAAGAAGAUUUUAAUAGUCAUUACAGAUGGAGAAUCUCAUGACCGGAAUGAUUUGCAAAAUGCAGUAAAUUCAGCUGAAAAGAAAAAGAUUGUUCGAUUUGCUAUUGGGGUGGGGGGUGCAUUUACAAAAUACACAGCAAAACAUGAACUGGACACCAUUGCCUCUAAACCCUCAGCAAAUCACGUGUUUCAAGUAUCAAACUUUGACGCUCUUGAACAAAUACGGCAGAAUUUGCAGGACAAAAUCUUCUCUAUUGAAGGAUCUCAAACUGGUGGAGAGUCACUGAAAAUGGAAAUGGCUCAAAUGGGAUUCAGUGCAGCUUAUGUGCCUGGGGGGAUUCAGAUGGGUAUUGUUGGUGCCAACCAGUGGAAGGGAGGCUACCAGCAAUACACAAGCACAGGCCAGAAGAGGAUCUCCUAUGAGCCUUCAAAUAUGGAACCUGACAGUUAUCUGGGUUACUCCAUGGCAGUCGCCAAAACGCGGUUGGGCACACUGACAAUUGUUGGUGCUCCAAGAUAUCAACACAGAGGAGUUGUGAUUUCAGUUAAUGAAAACAGUCGUAACCAAACAAUUGAUCCCUUUGCUUGGCAGUUUCAGAUUGGUGAAUAUUUUGGUGCAGUGGUUUGCGCCAUGCAUGUGGAUCGUGACACGUACACUGACCUAGUCCUCAUAUCUGCCCCUAUGUACAUAGACAGUGAUAGAGAGGGACGAGUUUAUGUUUGCAGCUUAUCAAAUGAGAGAGUUGAGUGUCGCUUCAAUAAUCCAUUAGUACUGAGAGGGGAUGCAUCUGACCAAGGAAGGUUUGGGUCUUCUCUCGCUGUAUUGCCUGACCUUAACAGUGAUGGUCUCAAUGAUUUGGCAGUUGGAGCACCUUUGGAGAAUGGUGGUCAAGGUAGCAUCUACAUCUUCCACGGUGAAACAGGAGGAGGAAGAAUUCAUUCUACUUACUCACAGAGAAUCGCUUCCUCUGAAGUCCAGCCAGGUUUGAAGUUCUUUGGCAUGUCGAUCAGUCAGCCGUCUUUUGACCUUAGUAACGACAAUCUGCCUGAUUUAGCAGUGGGUUCAAAGGGAACAGUUGUCUUACUCAGAUCAAAGCCUAUAGUAAUGGUAGAUGCUGCGGUGACGUUCAACCCAAACAAAAUCCAAACUCAAAACUCAGACUGCUCAAAACCACUGGACAACACAGCUAGAAUCUGCUUUACCAUGACUGGACACUCUACAGUAGAUAAAGCUAGAGCAACGAUUAACUAUACUUUAACGCUGGAUGCCACACGUAAGGUCCCAAACAACCGAGCUUACAUCACGGAGAAACAGCGAGAGGAGAGUGGAUCAAUAACUCUUGGCUUAGAGAAACAAUGCUUCAGUGUGAGCUUCCACAUUGAGGCCUGUCCAGAAGAUGCUCUGAAUCCACUUAACAAUGAGCUCCGAUUCACCUUUGACGGUUUGCCUUCUGACAAAAAUCUCAAGCCAAGUCUGGCCCAACAGGCUCAGACAACAACCUUUCAUCCUUUACCUUUUGAGAUCAACUGCGGCAAUGACAACAACUGUAUAGAUAACCUGAAAGUGGAUUUCAACUUCACCAGUUCCUCAGAGGUUAAAGUAGGCAUUGAUGAACUGCUGGAGGUCACUGUGUCAGUGGAAAACAGGGAGGAAAACUCCUACAACAGCCAUGUCAUUCUCACGUACCCACCUGGGCUCUCCUACAGGAAGGUUACAGGCCUGCAGGGAAGAAUUGAGUGCAACUCCUUGGACAGUGGAGCUGACUUAUCUCAGGGAAAGACAGACUGCACUAUUGACAAGCCUAUUUUCAAGAGCAACGCUAAGGCGCUCUUCAUUGUGUCCUAUGGGAUCGAAAGCAACAGUCAACUUGACAGGAAGUUAUUCAUCACUGCAAAUGCCACCAGUGGGAACGAGCACUCCAAGUCAAGUGAACUUUACAAAAUGAGAGGGAUUGAUGUGAAGUACAGCAUUUUUAUGACAAUUGAAAGUUCCCUCAGCUACAGCAAUUUCACUUAUGGCAAGAGUAAUUUGCAGAAACCAGUCCAACAAUCAAUUAAGGUUGUAAAUGACAUCAGAGCACUGAAUUUCACUGUGGUGAUCAGGGUUCCGGUAAAGCUCGGUGAUAAAGACAUCUGGGUGGAUUCGAGCAGUUUGCAGAUUCCAGGCUGCCAAAGAGACAAAGAUGAAAAACCCACCGUCACAAAUUUUGUUGCUCAGAUACAGAAAAAUAAGUCAGUGGACUGCUCUGUAGCCAGUUGCAGAGUGUUCAAGUGCAAUCGAUUCAUGGGAACUCUGGAGGGUAAAAAGUACACAAUCUCUGCCAACCUUAGUUCUGAAUGGAUAAAGCAGAUUGGACUUGAUUCUGCCAAAUUCCUCUUGACCAGCACGGCCAGUCUGGAGUACGACAGAAACCAGUACAUCUUCUUUUCAGUGCGGUCAAAUAACAAUCCUCCCAUUCACAAGAUUGUGGCAGAGGUAGAAGUGUAUCCUGAACCAGACUUCACCAAAGAGAUUGUUGGAGGAUCUCUGGGAGGGUUGGCUCUGCUGGCUUUACUCACUGCUGGCCUGUACAAGGCUGGAUUUUUCAAGAGUAAAUACAAGGAGAUGAUUAAUGAGGAACAAACAGCUGAUCAGGGGGUUGAGGGAGGCGCACCCACACCAGAGUAACAAACAUGAAGUUAGUUGAUGUCCCACAGACAAGCUGAUACAAGCCAGAAAACACCAAAACUGUUCCAACAUCUACACUGGCUAAAUAGAAAAUAUAUAAAUAUGUUGCCAUUUUCAUGAAUACACAUUUCAAUGGAAAAUAUAUUUAUGCAACCACUUUCAUUUCAUUAUCCUGAAAAAGAGCUUGUGAUGCAUACAUAGAGUGGCAAGAGUUUUAGAGCUUCAAAACUGAUUUUGUAAUCCACAUUUUGAACUGAAUAGCUUACUGUUGGUCUAUAAUUAAAUAUUUGCAAACCAUGUGUUAAUUUGUACAUUUUAUUUUAAGUGAAAAAUAAUUCAAUACAGUAUAAUCCUUUGGAGUCUGGGUGUCAUCACAUGAUGUACUAUAAAAGUACUGAAAUAUAAGGUGGAACGUUAAGAGUGAGCACCUUACUUGCUUGAGAUAUAUUUUAUGUAUUUUGAUGUAUAUAGAUGUAUUUGAUAUGACUUUCACUGACAAUGUGAGCUGCCUUGUUUUUAAUUACAUUUUAAAAUGUGCAACGUUGUGUUCUGAAUGCAUGUAAAAAGAUAUAUUUGAUGCUUCAUCAAUUUUUAUUUCAUGUGUGAUUAAAAUUACAGUUUUUUUUGAAAAUUGACCUUAUACAAAGCUGAUCAUGACAAUUUUAUGUAGAAAGAAAACAAAGGUAUAAAUGAGUAUUGAGCAUAAAUAACAAAGGUUGUCCUGCAUUUAAGCGGAUUCAGUGGAACAUUUUGGAAAUGACAUUGUCUUUUAAAAUAAUUCAUCAUAUUACAGAAAAAUAUCUCUUUAUUGUUAAAAAAUAUAAACAUCUUUGGCUUUAUGAUGCAACAUUUUCUUCAACAUUUUUCUUCUAUUUGACCUGCGUUACUGUACGUGCAUUUACAGAAUUUAAGUGAGGCUUAUGAGGAGUGUUUAAAGUGGUCAAUCAACUUGACUUUUAAGUGCAAUAAUGAAUUGCUUCAAGCAUCCCUUUGACAACAGACCUAAUAGCUUGACAACAGGAACAUAGAGGUAAUGGGUAAAAAGAAGGACAGGAAUGAGGACAUGGAGAAACCUGCUGCUCCUCCUGUGGCGGCAGGAGAAGGCAUGUUGCCCACUGUCUCCUUUAAGAAUGACCCGAAUCUUGAAGUUUUGGCAAAGAUCUGAACAUCUGCACAGAGAAAUUUGCUUCCACCUUUUGUUACAACAGCCACCUGGAACCAAGAUGAAUCUGACUUGCAUAGCAGAGGGCCACCCUGAUCACCCUGCAAAUGUAAGAACAGAUAGAAACAUGAUCAUCGAUCAUCCAAAGCUGAAAACUAACAUCUACAAACUUCUGACAUGAUGAAAAACAAAAUUUAGAAACUGGUGGAUGGGAAAAAUUAUUUUACCUGCUUAUUGUCCAUGUUAUAUGUGCAAAUGUUCCCUGAGUUAGAAACAUUCCCACAAUUUGUUAUUCGAGUUUCAAGGUCGCAAAGACUUGUGCCAGCUCUGUCAGUGCCUAAAAAAAUCCCUUUUACUCAUGUGAAUACAAACAGUGAACAAAGUACAAAGUAACUCUUGAAGAUCUACUGAAAUUAAACAUAUCAUGCAAACAAUAUGAACUUACCUGUGCUCUUGCUCCCCGUACCCCAGCCUGUCACCCAGCAUUGACUUCCAGCAGUGAAAGAUCUGGCAUUGCUAAUGUCCACUAGGGAUGUGCAGAGAGCCCAGUAUUUGUAUUUGUAUCUA